GCUGGUAGGUGCGAGGUAACGCGGGAGGGAGGGGUGCUGGUAACUUCGGGCUCCUCUUAUAGAGAAGAAAUGGCUGCCAAUCUUCGUGCUCGGGGUGUGGGUGGCUUUGGCUUCGGCAGGAUGUGGCUGGCGGCUUCGGGGCGCGUGACGUCCUGCAUUGGGGGAAGUCGCUGCCACAAACAAGGAUCAGGACAAGGAGCAGUGUUUGGAUCUCGUCCCUUCAUGCGAAACCUCACCACUACUUCGAAAGACACCAAGAUUGGCAUCAUUGGCAUCGGUCAAGUUGGGGCGGCAGUGGCGGGGAACCUCCUGAAGAAUGGGUACCAGGUGACGGCAAUCAGUGACCCGGAGACCUCUAGAAUGGCCCACCUGCCGUCCUCCAUCCCCCGCUGCUCCUCCCCCGCUGAGGUGCUGAGUCUCUCCGAUGUGGUGCUGACCUGUCUGCCUAAGCCUACUCACGUGAAGACGGUAGCGGAGAGCAGUGACGGCCUACUUGCAAACUUCACAGCUGGCAAAAUAUGGGUGGAUCAUUCUACUACCGAAUAUGAACAAACUAUCGAGUACAUGAAGGAGGUGGAGGGCAAGGGCGGCUACAUGGUGGAGUCGCCCAUCACAGGAGGCCUCGAUGCGCUGAGAAAGGGACAAAUGGUGGCGUACGUGGGAGGAAGGAAGGAUGUGACUGAUGCUAUUAUGCCGAUACUGGAGGCUUCCUACAUGACGGUGUUCUACGUGGGUCCUACUGUGGGCACCGCUAUGGUCAUCAAAGUGGUGUCCAACAUGCUGUGCUGUGUCCAUGUGGUCGCCAUGGGAGAGGCCCUUAUGCUGGGAAAGCGCGCUAAUAUCGACCUCAGGACCUUUUGGGACGGCAUCAGGCUAAGUGUCGGGAACAGCUUCGUGUGGGAGACGGCUGCCCCUGUGGUGUUCAACGGGGGAGAGUAUGACCCUGGAUUCUCUCUCUCCCUGCAGAACAAGGACCUACAGCUGGGAUACGAUAUGGCGAGGAAAUUCAAGGUACCCAUGGCGCUGCACCAACACACACUUAGCACCUACAGGGCGGCAGAGUACCAGUUCGGAGAGGAGGCGGGGUGCUACAUCGUUCCUAGGGCCCUUGAGCUUGCCCUGAACGAGUACCUGCAGAUCCCGGGCUUCUCCAAGUGGGAAUACAACAACGUAGUGGCUGAUGGCUCCCUCAAUGUCACCCACGAGGCUAUUGAGGACCCGAAGAAGGCGAAGGAGUAAGUUGGUUUUGAUGGGUUUAGAAGAUUUUUUAUUUUUACGUUUUUUUUCUUUUCGUGGCGAUAAAUGUUUGCCUCAGCGUCACUCCAAAAGCUAUUGAUGACCCGAAGGAGGCGCUGAAGAAGGAGUAAGUUGGUUUUGAUGGGUUUAGAAGGUUUUUUUUUGUCAUUAUUAUUAUUUUUUUUUUACAUUUUUUUUCUUUACACGAUGAUAAAUGUUUGCUUCAGCGUCACUACAGAGGGUACUGAAGACAACAAGAAGGCGCAGUAAAAGGAAUAGGUGUGUUUUGAUGGUUUUAGAGCAGUGGUUCCUAAACUGUGGGCCAUGACUCCCUGGGACGCCAUGUGGCAGAAUGCAAGGGGUCAUAAUCUGAGGAUAUGAUGUGUGUAUACAACCAAUGGAGUUUAGCAGGUAGGCAGCAAGUGGAGGCGACUUACAUGUAUGAGAUCAAUAAAAUUACAGGAUUUGU